AAUCUACAAUGAAAUAUUUGUUAUUUUUUGUUACUAAGCAAUUCUUCAAUACAAACAAUAUAAAAAUCAAGACAUGAAAAAAUCUUUCUCAAUAAUAGACGAUGAUGAUGUUUUUUUACCUGAAGAUAAUAAUACAAAAGAAAAAGAUGAUGCAGAUAGUAAUUAUAAAUCGGAUGAUUCAGAUUUGUCGUUAUCGGAACACAAUAGCAUAAGUCCUAAACGUUCUAAAGCUUUUCAGAAAUUAAAAGAAUUGGAUAUGAGUCCUACUAAAGAAGAAUUGGAGGAAUUAGGAGCGCAGGGUAUGAUAUCUCCAAAAGAUGUAGGAAAUCUUUCGGGACGUCAAACAGCGGUGUUGAAAAGAAGAACCAUAACCGAACCAAGAAUUGAGCAUUUACUAAGCGAUAGUGAUGAAAGCGAUAAUGAUGAGAGAAAAAAUGUUUCUAUACCAGGUGAAUACGAUCCGAAAAUGUAUGAAAACUUAAUAGUAGAUCCUGAUACUAAGGAAAUAUUUCAAUAUAUAUCAAGAUAUAUUCCACAACAGUUAAACUUCAAUUACAAAUUCAAACCUUUCAUACCCGACUUUCUACCCGCAGUAGGAGACAUUGAUGCUUUUCUAAAAGUUUAUCCCCCAGAAAAAACUAUAAACGGCGAAUUUAAUACAGAAAAAUUUGAACAUUUAGGACUGACAGUUCUUGACGAACCUGCAAGUAAUCAAAGCGAUCCUGCUGUAUUAUAUUUACAGUUAAAAGCAGCUUCUGGUAAAACAGGAAAGAAAAACGACGAGAAUGUUGUUGUGAAGAAAAUAGAAAAUAUUGAAAAGAAUUCGAAGGUAAUUGAUAAAUGGAUUAAAGACAUAUCAGAUUUACAUAAAACUAAAUCUUCAGUGGUUGUUAGGUAUUCAGAGCCAAUGCCCGAUUUGGAUGAUUUAAUGCAAGAAUGGCCUGAAGACGUUGAAGCUGAAUUGAAGAAAAAUGGUUUUCCUAAACCUAAUAACACUAAUAUUCAAGAAUAUAUAUCAACUGUUUGUGAAACUUUUCAAAUACCAUUGGCAAAGAAAAAAGUUCAUUCGCUAUAUUUGCUUUUUUGCCUUUAUGCUGCAAUUAAACAAACACAACUCUACAAGGCUUCUACUGAGAAUGAGAAAAAGAAUGUGCAUAAAGAACCUGAUCAAUUGGUUUUAGAAUGAAAAUAAAUAAUUUGUAUUUCCGAA